UAACCAGCUGGUUGGGAAAUUUUGAAAUGACAGACAUCUAGAUCUUGCAUAACUUUUAAUUUUUUCCCCAUUCAUACCUUUGCAUAGGAGUGGUUGCAAAUGUCAUGGCAUACUGGGAAUUCACUGCAGGCAAAAUAAAAAAAAAAAGUUCUUAAGCACAAUUUCAAAAGGAGUAGAAGUACAGUAUAAAGCCUUUAAUGGACUGUGGGACUGCUGUAUCAGUUAAGUAGAAUUUAUGAGACUGAAUGUCAUAUGCUGGCAACAAUGGUUAAGGACUCUUUUCCAAACACUGAUUUUUUUUUUCCUCCUGGGUUCAUUUAACAUAAACAUAAGCAAUUUGAUAUAGAUGGUCCUGGUAUUCUUCCAAGAUAACAGCUGAAUAUUUCUAAGAAAUGUUCUAUAUAAAUGCAUAAGGUCCACUGAUACAUGACCUCCUCUAAAUAACAUAGGAAGUUUAGCAGUCAGAGACUGUUGCCUGAUUUUUGGAGAGGAUGACCAAAAGCAUGGAGGCAGAAGCUGUUUCUCUUGCUCCUUCUGUUUUUCUGGAUGGCACAAUAGGCAGAAUUUGGCACACUGGACAGAACCCUCACCAGUGUGCUGCCUGGAGAAGACUGUUUGUUCCAUGCUGAACUUGCAUGCUGAAUAAUCAAAAGAAAGGUUGUGAGUGGCAAAAGACUCAUUCCCACAUUCUUUCUCAGGCCUUGGAGCAGUGCAAAGGCUGAGCACAAACUAAAGGCAACAAUAGGUCUCUCUUCCUUAGCACACUUAUCCACUCCCCCCUACAAAGAGAAAGGGUGAGUGAAAGGAAGCAGUAGCUGCUUCUUGCCUCCAUGCUGUAACUUUUCCUUCCCUCCAUGGGAAGGGUCGGAGGAGUAAUGGUUGAUGCUCACCUGCUUUCUCCUCUACCACAGGCUACCUACUUCACUUCCUGUCUCAAUUCUCUCACUGGUUGAUAUGUAAAUGUGGGGUAUUUUGGCUCAGUUCUCAUCAUGAUGCCAUGGAGAAGACAGAGCACCAGCAACUGAGAGAAUGAGGUGGUUGCCCAUCUGUUGACCAAUUUUCUAACCCCCACAGAGCAGGAAAAGGCAACUGUUCGUGCUCAUGUCAACAAUGUGGGCCCCAUCAUCUGUCAAUCAGCUCAGAGAGAUUAAGCAAGAUGCUGCCUUCUCUUGCUUACUUGCACCCUGCAAAUUGGGAUAGAAGCAAAAGGGAUCUUAGCAGCUGCCUACCUGGGGAGCGUCCCCUACAUACCGCCUUCCAGGCUCCAGGCUAUGUUGAUGAAGUAAGAGAACAAAAGAGAGCUAUUUUUCCUGUUAGAUCACUUCUCCUCAUGUCAGACUUUUUUUCUUCUUCAAAAUCAACAUAGCAGGCAAUCUUAGGCAUGGAAUAAAAGAAAUCUUAUCAAAUCAAGUAUUCCCUAUUUGUGGUUUUAGGUAUCUUGUUUUCAGUUUAAGUGUCUGUUGAAUGGAAUGCUCAAGUUUAUUAUUGAGUUAAUAAAUGCAAUAAAGCAAAUGGAAGUAAUCCACAAAGUCCAUGCCAAAUCACAUCAGCGUUAAAGAUGCCUACACUCAGUCUGCUGUUUUUGUAGCAGCAGGCCAGCACAGCUAUUCCUCUGGAAAUUUUUAAACAUAAGUUACGGUCCUGCAGGUCACAAGACUUAGAAUCAGGCGGUGGACCGUGACAGCCAAUGUUAAUUGCCGAGACCUUUCUGCGAGACGUGGCGGAGCUCGACAUUCGAAGGCGCCACAUCCCCGCGGAAGUCCUGGAAGCACCCGAUCCCCGAGUUGAGCAGGUUGUUACCCAAACCUGGGUCUUUCUGCUCCCCCACCCCUUACCGGCCUGAAAGGCUCUUAAGCAAAUGAGGGCAGAUGCGCUUUCGUCCGACGAGGAAGUGUUCCUCGGCUGAGCCUCCGCGCUGAGGAAAUAGUUGGGGCUGCGAAAGAGAAAAUGAGGAAGCGAGCCCUCCGCUCAUCCUGAACCGACUGGGGCUUCACCAGAGGCGCCCAGCCAGAGUAGCAGAAAACAGCCACGACGCCGGGAGCGGGAGCUGGGGGAGGCGCCCUGAGAGCCUGAACGCGCGAGCUGACGCGGAUUUCACCUUGGGAGCGCGUCUCUCCGCAAAUUCCCUCCCGCCGCUGGACAGGCAAGGGCUCGCGAGGAGAGACCCCGGUCGGAGGUUUCCACCACCCGUCGAUUUCUCAAGUGUAAUAGAACUUCAAAAACAAGCAAACAGAAGUAGUGGGAGAAAAAUGGCAAGUUUUAAUUCUGUUAGCCAUCUAACCUAUUUUUUUGGCAACAUCACACGUGAAGAAGCUGAAGACUACCUGCUGCAAGGAGGACUAAGCAACGGACUAUACCUACUGCGACAGAGCCGAAACUUUCUAGGUGGUUUUGCUUUGUCUCUGGCAUAUAAUAGUAAGGUUUAUCAUUAUACCAUUGAGAGGGAAAUUAAUGGCACGUAUGCUAUUACUGGAGGAAAAUCCCACAGGAGUCCUGUAGAACUCGUUGACUACCACUCAGAUGAAAUUGAUGGUCUAGUGUGUUUACUCAGGAAACCAUGUAAUCGGCCAACAGGAGUGGAACCAAAAACAAGUCAGUUUGAGGACUUAAAGGAAAAUCUAAUCAGAGAAUAUGUUGAACAAACCUGGAAUUUACGUGGACAUGCCCUUGAGCAAGCAAUUAUUAGUCAGAAGCCACAACUGGAGAAACUGAUUGCUACAACAGCACAUUUGAAAAUGCCCUGGUUCCAUGGGAUGAUAUCUCGGGAGGAAUCAGAGCACCGUGUGCUUCUUGGUACAAAGACCAAUGGGAAAUUUUUGAUUAGGGAAAGAGAUAACAAUGGAUCCUAUGCUCUUUGUUUACUCAAUGAAGGCAAAGUAGCACAUUAUCGCAUUGAUAAAGACAAGAAAGGAAAACUUUCAAUCCCAGAUGGAAAGAAAUUUGAUACUUUAUGUCAGCUAGUGGAACAUUAUUCCUACAAAGCAGAUGGACUUCUAAGAAUAAUCACAGACCCAGUUCCAGAUCCAGAUUUUCAGUCAAGAAAUAGUACAUUUGAUUUUGCCCAAACGCCAGCGCUUCCUAAGUCUCGCAGCACCAAGACUUGGUCAACAGGUGGAAUUAUCACCAGAAUCAAAUCAUACACUUUCCCAAAGCCGGGAAGCAAAAAGCUAUCUUUCCCUGUUCCUGACCGGAAAGAUGAUUCUGCACUACUUGCAAUGUUUAACAAUUAUGUUCCUUCGUGGGCAAAGCGAGGUGAUCAGAGGGAACCUUUGCCUAUGGAUACAGAAGUUUAUGAAAGUCCAUAUGCAGACCCAGAAGAAGUUAAAGCUAAAAAUGUCACCCUUGACCGAAACUUACUGACUUUGGAAGAAAAGGAACUUGGUUCCGGUAAUUUUGGUACAGUAAAAAAAGGCACUUAUGAAAUGAAAAAAGGAAAGAAAACUGUGGCUGUGAAAAUUCUCAAAAAUGAAAGUAAUGAUCCAGCUAUAAAAGAUGAACUCCUAAGAGAAGCAAAUGUAAUGCAACAACUUGAUAACCCAUAUAUUGUCAGAAUGAUUGGUAUAUGUGAAGCUGAAUCUUGGAUGUUGGUAAUGGAAAUGGCUGAGCUUGGCCCCUUGAAUAAAUAUCUGCUAAAACAUGGAGAUGUCACAGAAAAGAAUCUAAUAGAGCUGGUUCAUCAAGUUUCCAUGGGAAUGAAAUAUUUGGAAGAAAAUAAUUUUGUGCACAGAGAUUUAGCUGCAAGAAAUGUGCUUCUGGUUACACAACAUUAUGCCAAAAUCAGUGACUUUGGACUUUCAAAAGCUCUUGGCUCUAAUGAUUAUUACAAGGCAGAACAUCAUGGCAAAUGGCCAGUUAAAUGGUAUGCUCCAGAAUGCAUGAACUUCUUCAAAUUUUCUAGCAAGAGUGAUGUUUGGAGUUUUGGUGUGUUAAUGUGGGAGACAUUUUCCUAUGGGCAAAAGCCAUAUAAGGGUAUGAAAGGAAGUGAGGUUGCUCAGAUGAUUGAAAGAGGAGAACGAAUGGAAUGUCCACUGGGCUGCCCAUCUGAAAUCUAUGGAUUAAUGAAAUUGUGUUGGACGUAUGCUAUUGAUGAUCGGCCAUCAUUUUUUACUGUUGAAUUAAAGCUACGCAACUUCUACUAUGACAUUGCUCAAUAAAAAUAUUGUGGACUUACAGUGAAGACAUCCCAGGAGGCAGAUACAAAAUUUUACUUUUUAAAUAAGUUGCAGAAGUACCUAAAUGCAUUCCAGAAGAAUGAUUAUGAAAAGACCAUUAUGGUAGAAUUGCCUUGCUACUUUUAAAAGCUUGCUGAUAACUAAAGUAAUAUUUUCAAAGUGAGCUACUUUGAUGUUCAAGGGUUUGGCAUUAGUUAUACUUCCUUAGUCUAUUAAAAAAUGGAUUUUGUUAGAGGUCUGAAACAUUUUAGGUUGCUCCCUGAGACUUCUCUUGUUGUUGGAAUGUACCACUUAUUGUGAUAUCAAAAGAGCAUUUGUAUUUUCAUCAUUGUUGCUGUUAAGAGAAUUUGAUACUCUCACUUUAGAGCAGAGAGCAGAGAUUAGUUUUAAAUUAGAAAUGAGUUGAUAAAGUUAGAAAUAAUAGAUCAUAGCUUUAAAACAUAUGGUAUAUAUGUGCAAAACCAGAGCUAUAUCUCCACUUCUGCCAGAUGUUCCCCCUUGGUAUUUAUUAUUUGGAAAAAUAUAAACAUCUAUAAACAAAAUUGGCAAGCUAUUUCAUACAAUCACAAUAGAUCCCUAUUGUUAUUUUAGUAUAUUUACUAAAGAAUAAAAGUAAAAAAGUAAAAAAAUAUAGGUGAAGUAGCAUCAGCACUUAACCUCAGUCUGUUGUAUCAAAUAAUCAAAACAGUAAUGGGCUCUGGGAACCUCAUUUAUUUAGGUUUAUUCUGUAUUAAAAUCUUAAUUUGUUAGAUGCCAUUGAGUCAGGUUUGUGUACUGGGGUACUGCUCAGUAUCUCAAUUUGUCUCCAACAAUAACCCAUAACUCUUCCAGUGACAAUCAUAUAAAAUUUUGUUUAUCUUAUCCAUCUAUUUUAACCAUUGUCUACCCUUUCUUCUACUUCCCCAGUCUUGAUAAGCAAAGUCAUAUUUUUUAAUCUAGGAUCAAUUCACAUUACAUUUUCAAAGUUUGUGAAUUUCAGCUUACUAAUUAUUUCUCAAAAGACAGCAAGCCUUUAUUUGGCUCAGGAAUGAAUAAUUAUUUUGCACAGUAUUCUUAUUAUCUUCAGAUCCAUAAUUUGAAGUUGCUUCUCUCAUUUUUUCUCACUGUCCAUACAUGUUAUUGGAAAGACCAUUACUUUAACUAUUCUGAUCAUUAUUGUCAUCAAAUAUCCUCUUCCAAAAUUCCUUCUCUGAAGGCUUUCCCCUACUUGCAUCUAAUACAAACAUACUCUAGCAACUUCUUUAUGUUGCUAUGUUCCCAUGAUGUUGUCGUCUUCUUGUCCCCCAGCCCACUGAUGAAACAGGCUUAAGUUGUCCUUAUCCAUUAUUAAAGCAAUGUUUUCACUCUGACAGUGGCAGGAACCCUUAGUCGUUCCAAAGUGUGUAAAAUCUUAUGUACUUCAUGGACUAUUCUGUCAACAGCACAGUCAGAUGACUGCUAGAGGGUAAGAUCAGCUUCAAGUUAGUGCAAUCACACACCUUCCCCUCAGUUCCCAGGCAUCUGUCACCAUUCUUUUUUCUUAACCUCUGUCAGAAAGCGCUGUGCAUAGCUGCUCCAGAGCUAGCAAUUUCAUCAAGAAUUUAACAAGUUGUGAGGGGUCUCCAGGUGCAGGUUAGGGAUCAGCAAUGGGACAACACAUUUUAUGCCAGUAUAGUUUUCUGCUGACUCAAACGUAGAUAGCCACUUUAACUAAGCAGUAGGGAAGGAUCCUCUUUGUCAUUGCAUUUAUUCCUAGGAUUAACGUCUUCUUUACUCCUCAUUACUUCUACCUUACUUUAUUCUUU